UUCGGCUCAGCGACGGAAACGGAAGAGGCGCGGCCCCGGCCGUGUGAAACUUCUCUCCUUUCGGGUACAUAAUUAAGAUUUAAUUUCAUUUCCCCCCCUCAGACUUGAGGAAAAAGAAGCGGCCGCUGAGGCAAUGGCGGGCGCGGGACCGGCGGCGCGUCUCCCCGAGGCUGACGGCCUGCCCGCGCCUGAGGAGAAUCCCAUCCCUCCGCCUCUCCCUCUCCGCACGGAGCUGAGCCGGCUGGAGAUCCAGCGCUACUCGCGGCAGCUGGUGCUCCCGGAGACGGGCGUGCGCGGGCAGCUGCGGCUCUCCGCCUGCUCGGUGCUGGUGGUGGGCUGCGGGGGCUUGGGCUGCCCGCUGGCGCAGUACUUGGCCGCCGCCGGCGUGGGCCGCUUGGGCCUGGUGGACCACGACGUGGUGGAGCUGAGCAACCUCCACCGGCAGGUUCUGCACCGCGAGAGCCGCCUGGGCACCUCCAAGGCCCGCUCCGCCGCCGCCGCCCUGAGGGAGAUCAACUCGGCCGUGCAGUGCGUGCCCUACGAGCUGGCCCUCGGCCGGGACACGGCCCUACAGCUGGUGCGGGCCUACGACGUCGUGGCCGACUGCUCCGACAACGUGCCCACCCGCUAUCUGGUCAACGAUGCCUGCGUGCUGGCGGGGAAGCCCUUGGUGUCGGCCAGCGCCCUGAGGCUGGAGGGGCAGCUGGCCGUGUAUGGCUACCGUGGGGGGCCUUGCUAUCGCUGCCUCUUCCCCAAGCCCCCUCCUCCAGAGACGGUCACCAACUGCGCUGAUGGAGGGGUCUUGGGGGUCGUGCCAGGCAUCCUGGGGUCCCUCCAGGCCUUGGAGGUGCUCAAGAUCGCCACUGGCAUGGGGACCUCUUUCCAUCAGGCCAUGCUGAUUUUUGACGCCUUGGAAGGCAGGUUUCGGCACAUCAAGCUGAGGCCCAGGAACCCGGAUUGCGCUGUGUGUGGCGACAACCCUUCGGUAACUGCCUUGCAGGAUUAUGAACAAUUCUGUGGGUCUUCAGCGACAGACAAGUGUCGGAUGUUGUGCCUCUUGAGUAGCGAUGAACGGGUUUCCGUAGAAGAGUACAAACAGAUACUGGAUGACAAGGUCCAUCAUGUAUUGGUAGAUGUUCGUCCUCUGGUAGAAGUGGACAUUUGUCGCUUGCCGCAGGCUGUCUUUGCACCUUUGAGCAAGUUGCAAGAGAAAGAUGAAGGCUGUCUGAAAUCUCUGGUCCAAAGGAUAUGCGAAGCAAGGCAGCCAUCAAGUGAAAAUAAGGCUUUCCCAGUUUACGUUGUCUGCAAAUUAGGAAACGACUCUCAAAAGGCAGUGAAAAUAUUGCAGGGAUUGUCUUAUCAAGGACUAGGCUUAAUUUCGGUUAAGGACAUCAAAGGAGGACUUAUGGCUUGGGCUAACAAAAUCAAUCCCGAGUUUCCUCAAUAUUAAUUUUAUAUAGAGAUAAUAAUCUCUUUAGAACUUGAAGUUGCACUGAUCAUUGUCUGGGUUAAGAAUUUUUUUAAAAAAAAUAUCUUUAACAGGUGUAUUGUGGAAUGUUCAUAAUUUCACUAUUUUUUUAAAAUAAAAGCCAAAAAGUGA